CUUGCCAUGUCGGGAAUCGAACACGCGUCCACUCGGAGCAUCAGACCUUUCAGGUCGUGUGAGGAGUACCUCUAUGCGAUGAAGGAAGACCUGGCUGAGUGGCUGAAGGACUUGUACGGUGUGGAUAUUACUGUGAGCAACAUGGUGCAGGUGCUGGAGACGGGCGCGCUCCUGUGCGCGCACGCCAAUAACGUGACGCGCGCCGCCGCCGACUUUCAGCACAAACACGGCCGCGCGCACGCGCACUUGCCCACAACCGGGGUGAUUUUCACGAGCUCGGCUCAACCCGGGACAUUUCUGGCCCGGGAUAACGUGUCCAACUUCAUCACGUGGUGUCGGAAUGAGAUGCACAUCAAAGAUGUUCUGAUGUUUGAGACAGACGACCUGGUCCUGCGAAAGAAUGAGAAAAAUGUGAUGCUCUGCCUACUUGAGGUGGCUCGACGGGCCUCUCGCUUCGGCAUGGUCGCACCUGUCCUUAUUCAGCUGGAGGAGGAGAUCGAGGAGGAGAUUCGUGAGGAGACGACAGAGCCCGUGGUCCAGAGACGCUUGAUAAACACUGAGAACCUGGAUGAGAUGGUUCAAUAUCUGAUAAGUCGCUGCACUUGUCCUAGUCAAUUCCCCAUGGUGAAGAUAUCAGAGGGCAAAUACAGAGUCGGAGACUCCAAUACCAUCAUAUUUGUGCGAAUCUUACGGAAUCAUGUGAUGGUGAGAGUGGGUGGAGGAUGGGACACCCUGGAGCACUAUCUGGAUAAACAUGACCCCUGCCGCUGUACAUCUCUCUCCCAUAAACUGGCACAGCGCCCUGCAACACCGGUCCAUGAGAUCAAAGCCAGGCAAUGUGGGCCUGACGGCCAGGCUAGGUCUCAAAUCUCUUUGGUGCUGAGCCGAGCCCAGUCCCCCCUUGAACCUGUAAUCUGGACCCCUUCAGCUCCCACUAGAAUCCAGAGAUCAGAGCUGGGGCUCAGGAAUAGCCUCUAUCCUACUAAACUAAGGGUCCCUUGCCAACAGACCUACUCCGAUAUAAAGGAAAUGCUGAACUCCACUAACCUAACAUGCAAAGAACCCAGUAGGGGAUCUCCAUCUCCACGUCUAACUCGCAGUCUUCCACGGCCAGUUUGUCCAUCCACCCCACCACAACCAGAGACUCUGCGUCCCAGGACACCCUUGGUCUUGCAAAAGGUCUACAGCCCGACCUUAGCUCCACCCCAGCAAGGCUCAGACAAUAAGUUUGGACACAAUUGGACUAAGUCGCAGAUUGUAUCAAAGCUGAGACAAAAUGCCACAACUGGGCCAAAGAACAAUCCAGAUUUCCAAAGUGUUCCAGAAAAACCAAGAGUUUCAGCGUCACCUUGGCCUUUCCAAUGUGUUACACCAUUUAAAGGUCUUGCAACCAACAAAAACAUUUUGGUAAGCCACCAAGACUCUCAAGACAGCAGGAAUGCCAGAAAGAGCCCCGGGUUCAUUCGGACAUUUUCCCCUACAAAAGGACUAAUGGCUGUUGUAUCAGGGGAUGGACAUAAUAGGUUCCAUGCAUCAAAUGGAAAAGGCCAUUCAUCAGACAAUUCAUCCCAGUCUACCAGACUUCAUGGAACUGAGAAUAGCAGAGAAAGAUCUUCUUCAGAUGGUGACAGAAAGCACUACUCGGAGCAUCCAAAGCACACCAGACUAAAUUCUGUCAUCAGCAUAAACAAAUCAGACUUUAACAGCACCGUGAUAGAGCCAUCUCAACCCGUUUCUGUUGUGAAUGCAGAAAACAAGUUUAGAGAUACAGAGAGAAGCUAUCUUUUUACUCCUCCUCCAAUCAGUCCUGCUCAGGAGGCCAUCCUGUACCAAAGCCUUGAGGAGGAGAUCCUAUUUAAUCUACAACAGCUUGGCAUGGACUCUGAUUGUAGUGACUCAGAGAAUGAGCAGGAUUGUAGUCAGCCUGACACCACAAUUAAUUCUCCUGAGAUAUCACAUGAGAUCAGGAAACCUAUCUACAACACAUCCUCUGGUGCAUCCUAUUCAUCCUCUAGACAAAGUAAUGCAAGGGAUGCUAGUUUUGAAGCUGUCAUUGGUGAGCUUUCAAAAGGGAGGAGGCCACUUGAGAAAGUAUCUGUUGAAAGUUGGGUGAGCAAUUUCUCCAGAGAUCUAAAAGACAAAAAACAAGAAAGUCAGACCAACACAGAUUCAAGACACCUGAAUGUUUCCAAACCGUCUAUGGCCAGUUCUUGGUCUUCCUUUGGCUCAAGUAUGGAUUCAAAAGAUUCUACUGAACCAUCCAAGACUGCUGAAGUCAGCAACUCUGGAACUGGCAAUAAGGAGAAGCCCCAGGCCCCUUCCUCAUGCCAGAAGAGGUCCUUGAAAAAGCCAGAAAGAGUACCUUCCAUCUACAAGUUGAAACUGAGACCUUGUGUCCGCCCCAGACGGGACCACCGAUCUGAGAAGAAACCUACAAAGAUCCCCAAACCAAUUUGUUACAGAAGAAGUCAAAGUCCAUGAGACACCACUCAAAAUAACAUGUCAGCCCAAAGCACUAUUAUAUCUGAUACUCACAAAGGAUACAAUGUUUCUCGUAGAGCUUCCACCAAAAGAUACUCUAGGAAAACCUCUCAAACUAAAUCAAAAUUUAGUGCCACAAAGUGCAGAGGAGGAGACCAGGCUAACCAGGAGCUUGAAUUCUGGGUUUGAUUUUUUUUGAUACAUAUUUUUGCUCUCAGUUGUAAUUUGUGCCAUGUUUUGUAUCUCAGACAUUAAGCAUGGGUAAAAUCAUUCAGUUAUGGGCUUAGUGACCAGUUCAGUAACGACUUCAUCCUUGUCAGGAUCACAGUGGUUCUAGAACCUGCUUUCUAGAUGGGAUACUAGGUCUAGAUGGGAUUUCCUCUCGGAUGAGAUGCCAGGCCAUUACAUUUCAACACAUGCAUCUGAACCAGAACUUCAGACUUUACUCAAGACUCUGAACUCAAGAGCUGUGACACAACGAUACUCUAUGACACACCACCAUGCUGCCCUGAUACGUUUACAUUUUUACAUUUGUUUAAUAGACUGAUCCUUUUAUCCAAAAUACUUACAGCUGAAACAGAAUACGGUUUAGCAGUUGAGGGUUUUGCUCCAGGACCCAACCAUGGCAGCUUGUCUAGCCAGGGAUUUGAAAAAAACAGUGCUUUGCAAAAGUAUUCAUUCCCCUUGGUGUUUGUCCUGUUUUGUUGCAUUA